UGUGCUUGUAUUGAACGUUUGCCUUGGAUACUGAUCGAGAUAGAAGUGCCGCGACAUGGGUUCGCUUAAUUCGUAUAGAAUUUAUAUAUUUACUCAAAAAUGCGCUUGAAUUAUGGUUAAAACUGGAAUAAUUUUUCCCAAGCUGACGGAUAAACAGCUUAUAACCAAAACCUCGUCAGAUUCGAGGUCAAAAAAAGAUGUACGAGAAAAAAUGGAAAAAAGCCGAGGCGAAAUUCAGUUACCGCGACUGCCCAGUACGAGUGGCAUCAUGGAUAUUGAGAAGAGAACAUUGGGGCCUUUGGUGGAAUGGCAAAUCCAUCGAGCCACACAGCACUUUCCACAUGCAUUGCUAAGGCAACAAGAGACGUUGGUUACGGACUGGCUACAUAGAAAUCACUUCAAAGUGUCGAGUAGAUUACCACGCCUGGAUCCUUUAGUAUUGACAACCCGAGGUGCUGACUUUGGCAAGUUCAUGAACUUCAUCUACCCAGCGCCGUUUUCCUUGAGGUUUAAAUCUGACACGACAAGAAGAAGAACUCAGGACGAGAGGGAAUAUACGAAGAUAAGGGAACCAUGUGCAAGGUUUCUUCGUAGUAAAAGAAGCAAAACGGACUUAUUAACUCUCAACCCAGUAGUGCGUGUUGGAGGUGGAUACAAAAGACUGACAUGGAAGACUUGGGAAGUGUUGCCAGCCAUUGGUCAAAACUCUGAUGACGUCACCGCAGUGUUCACAUGCACCAGGUGUGGUGCCAACUUGGCCAUCCCACACGAGAUCAUUGACAAUACCGGGCAAAUCAAACUGAUUAUCACUUACCCCAGUAAUUGUGCUAACUGUGGUAAAGAAGUGAAUACACCAAGAAGCAACGCUCAGACAAACGGUGGACAGCAGUAUUUUACGAAAGAGGAAAUGGAAAAGCAUCUUGGACACCAAUCAAGAGAAGAGAAGCAACAUGGCCAAGCAUAUCACGGAACGGAUAAUUAUACCUAUGAGGACCACGUGAGAACGAGAUUUGAAGAUGAACGCAGCGUAUGUAGUGAUGAUACUGGAUUCAGCUUUACACCUGAUGGCAAAGAUGAUAGCUUUUUUAUAACAGAAGCCGAUGGUACCAUCAAGCGAAUAAAGAAGUCAUUAACAAACCCAGGUGUACAGGACCAGUCUUCGAAUGACAUCAAUUCACGUGACGAGAUGCAAAUUAUUGAGCACAGGGAUCCCGAAUCUGGAAUGAAAGUGCGGGUUCGUCGAAAAGGAGGCAAGAAAGAGAAUUCUGAUAAUGAAGCAUGCGAUGUCUCUGGACAGGAACAGAGAGGUAGUGGAAAAUCAGGAAUGGAACCUAGAAAAAGGGAGAAUAAUACUAAAGGCUUGGUAAUUGCUCAAGGCAACAUCCUAAGCGAUGACUCUGAAGACAGUGAUGAAUAUAGUGCAUUUCUUCGUCGCCAGAAAAAAGAACAGCAGUCGUUUCACAAACGCAAAUCCAGGCCACCAAGCUUCCAUUAUCUUAGGGAACGAAAAGCUUUGAGUGAUAGUGAAUUGCUAAUUCCUGAACGAUAUUUGAAUUUUUUGAAACGAAAACGAGUGUCAUCCAAAAAGAGAAAUCGACGCUCCAGUCGGCACCAGUCUUACGCCAAUGGGAGUCAGCAGGGUACUGGGUACGAGGAAGUGUAUUCGAGUGAAGACUGGAAGAGGUCUGGAACUACAGUGGUUGUGGGUCAUAGAACAACGAAUUCUUCUACUCUUGCUGAAAUGCAUAACAGGUCGAUGCAUCGCCAAGAUCCCGAUAAUCCAGACGGCUACAUGGCAGACAGUGAAGAAGACAGCUUACUUAAACUACAAGCUCAGCUAUUACAGCUCAAGCUAGACGCAAGAAAAAAGACCAGUGGAAAAGACAAUAGAACAAGUUCAAGAGCAAAGCGCUCAAAAUCCCGAAAUCGAAGCGGGAACAGGGAUGAGAAAGCGAAGACUACCCAAUUGACAAAGAAAAAGUCAUCUCUCUCGAUAUUUGGCCUUGACAGUGAUAGCUGGGACAGUGAUGAAAGUCUUCAUUUUGAUCCCCUUAGUGAUGAGUACUAUUCAUCUGAUAGUGAAGAACAACUAAUCACCAGACGAUAUCGUGCAGCUUCCUUAGAUGAGCAGGACCUUCCUUCGCAUAGAAACAGCUUGAUAAGCUUUCAUGAUGCCUACGCCGCCGCGGCGGGAAGUAGCGACGAGAGGAAGGAGGAGGAAAAGGUUAAUGCUAUCCUUGAUUCUGGUGGAAAAAGGAGGAAAUUCCGUCACUCGUUCAAAAGGAAACCUACGAAUAAAACCAGGAAAGCAGUGCCAACCCUCCCCAUCGGAUCACACCGGUCCAAGUUCUCCACCAAGUGGGAUGAAGACGACUUGAGUGAAAGUGAUAUCCACCAUCUCACUGCGCAGAUGCAAAUGUCAUUUAAACCCAAAGAAACUACCAUCGAUAGUGAUAAUAAUGACUUUGAGUACUGUAAGGGGCAGUACUGUUAUCGAUGUGGCAGUUACGUGAACGAAUGUGAAGCCACGUGCUCUGUGUGUGGGACGCAUUGUAAACGACCUGAUGCUCCCUGCAAAGUAUGUCGGGAUACAUGUGAAAGGUGUGGGAAACCUAAAGUAAGAUGCGAGUCACGUGACCAGGGGCUGGUUGCUAGGGAACAAGAAGAAGAAGACCUACAGGCUAAAGGCAUAGGUAUGAAAAAAGAAAAGAACGAAAAAGAUAAAGGAAUGGACAAUGAUAACGAAAAUGACGCGAACGACGGCGACGACGAAGGGAAAGAAGGCGCAGAUGCACCAGGAACAGCAGCUACAGAAAACACGUUUGAUUCUGAGAGAACAAGCAUUAGUCAACGAUCAUCCAAAAGAGGAAGAAAGAUGAUAGUAAAGAAGAACAAAAAGUCAGGAUUCCGGUACACUAAACGAGGUAACAGACAAAGAACCUCGACUUUGGAUACAAUGGACAGCAUGGAAACAGUGAUUGACAACCAGCCAUUAGAAUCUGAGGAAGACGUUGAAACAGGCGACGAAGAGAAUAACCAUGACAUCCAAGAUAGUCAAGAUGAGGAUUCUCAGGGCGCCAAGCCACAGCCAUCAAAAUACACCAAGUCUAAGAAAAAAUUCAAACCAUCAAAAAUGGUCGUAUCACAAAAGGUUAUAUAUAGGAAUAGCAGUUCUCUCUCACAAUGCUCAACAAUGGACCAGACUAUUGGAGACGAUCAAGAGGAGAGAGAUGAAAAAGAAGAAGAGACAGAUGACAAGAAGGAAGAUAAGGAUGACGAGAACGAUGAGACCCAGGCCCCGAAGAAAUUGUCUCCACAGGAAGACCAAAAAGAAACGAUACCACCAAUUGAGACUAAAAUGGCUGAACAACUCGAGGCGAAGAAGGAAGAGGCCGAGAAACCAAAAGAAGAGGAGAAGCCGAAACCCCAAAUACCAAAACCAAAGUUGCGUGGAGUUCAACGUGUAAAUGCUGCCUACAAAGAACGAGUUGAGCUAAACAAGAGACUUCAAGCAAUGCUCAAAGAUGCACUGCAGAACGUGAUUGCAGAAGCUGACAUCAGAGUCCGUCGAGACUCUACGAUCGAUUACCUAGCCCAAUAUCGUCUGGUUGAUAGAGCCAAGAUCGAGGUGUAUGGGCGCGCAUUUGCGCUAGAGGAUGAAGAUGAACGAGGGAUCAUCAACUAUGAACAGAUGUUGCUUGCUUUAGAGGGGGUACCGACCAUUCAAGGAAUGUCUAGACAACAGAUGAACUACGUUUUGCAGGUGCUUGAGAUCAAUACCUUCUCACGAGUGUCCUUCAAGAUGUUUGCUGUUAUCAAUGCAUUGUGCGAAAGAGUGACAUCCCUAGAUCUGUUUGUGAAGGAUUUGGUAGAAGGUCUUGAUCUAUCGCAAACCGAAUGGAAACUAGAUAUGUAUAAGAACAUGUUUUACGUAGCGGGUAAUCGGUCUUUAUCGUUCAUUUCACCCGCGGAUUUACGCAUCGAGCUGAAGGCAGGAGGACUGAACCAAAACCAAGAAGAUCACGUGAUAAAACAUAUUACCCAAUCAUCGGAAAAUGGUCAGAUAUCUUUCUUGGAUUACAUGGCGUACCUACCGUUAUUCCUAUCCAUUCACCAAAAUAUCUGCAGCAACGCCUUGGACAUGUCACGUGAUAAGUACACCUCUCGUAAAGUAAAUAAAAAAGACGUGACGUAAUUUUACCCACACCACGUGACUAGCUACGACUUGAACCUCAGACGUACCGGCAAAAGCAGCAAAAUGUAUUGAAUACGAUAAUAAAAAUGAUAUGAACUAAAAUUAAAGUUUUUAAAAGUUUUACGCCGAGAUAUGAUGAGAACUUUUCAAAUAAUUUGUGAAUAAUUUUAUAAUUGAUACUGGGAAAAAAAGAUACGAAAUACAAACACAUAACAAGAAAUGAAAAAAUAAAUGUAAUUGUCAUUGCAAAAUGUAUGUAAGUGAUUUGCAUUUACGACAUUUAAGUGAAUCAUAAACUAUACACAACUUUUUAAAAAACGUAAAUAAAAAUAAAAAUGACACA